AUCCUUCACUCACUCCUUCACAGACUCUCCCCGUCACCAGUUGAUUCGUUAAUUUUUUGGUGAUUGAUUGUCCUACUUUUUUUAUUCCUCGGAAUCGAUCAAAUCAAAUUUAAUUAAUUUCCGCCCUCCGAGUUAAACUUUUUCCUAGUCCUAACAUUUUCGAACCUUUUUCACCAUGUUCCGUCUUCACAGAGGUCGACAGAUAAACAAGCAGAAGGAGGAAGAGGAAGAGGCUGAAGGCUUGUCAGGCCAAGAAGAGGAGGAAGAAGAAGACAGCACACCCAUCGCCAAGUUUGAGUCAGCCGAGACCGUCUUGCGGGAUAGAUUUAUGGCCAAGUGGGUGGGUAAAAGGUCGUCUUUGGGAAAGUCGUCUGCCCCGAAAUCUCCAGUAUUCUCCUUCAACGAGGUUGACGCAAGGAUGAUCGAAAAAAAGAUUGAGGCUGAAAGUCGUCGAAGUCUUGGCCUUCUGGGGCGCGCUCUUGGGCCAAAGAUUCUGAGCAGGAGGAUGGCUUAUCGGCAGGCUAAGCCGACUCGGGCCCUUCCUGUGAACGUGAAAAAGGUCAGGCCAGGACUUUUUGUGACCUACCAUAAUCUGAUGGCUCAAGAUUGUGUGGAUAAAAUCAUUGGGUCUUGGCCAGCCGAGGAUCAUCACACCACUGUGUCUGAAAACGUCCGACCAAGUCGUCCACGGCUUGAAGAUUCCUCCAGUACUAAUUAAGUAUAUUAAGCAUGCGAGCUAACUAAUAAUUUAAAUAGUCAACACUUGUACUCUCGUCACAAAGGUUGAAGAUUGUGUGAUGAGAAAUGCCUAAUCUAUGAUUUUCAAUUGAUCUCAAAAAUACAAUCAUGUACACCGUACUAAAAAGUAAAAUUGUUUAUGGUAUGAAGUAGAAUUGUAAUUGGAUUAAUAUUCGAUUUGUAAUUUGUAUUAAAAACGUAAAUAAAUGGCAUGUCUAGGUAAUUAUUAAAUUUAUUAUCCAUUACUUACGUCGUAGUAAUACUAUAAAUUAUAGUCUAUAAUUAGUUAAGUGGCAAAUCAUUAAUUGUAUAAUCUUAUUUACUUAAUUUUUACAUAUCUGGCACCAUUCGAUAUGUACGCUAUCAAUGCUAAUAAUUAUAUGUUUUUAUGGAUUGUGAU